CCGCCAGCUCGGGGCCUCGCUCGGCCGCGCUCCCCCGGACCCGGACGUGUGCGCCCCCGGCCCCAGGCCCCGGCGGCCCGGCCCGCGGCCAUGAACCUCUUCCGAUUCCUGGGGGACCUCUCCCACCUCCUGGCCAUCAUCUUGCUGCUCCUCAAGAUCUGGAAGUCCCGCUCCUGCGCCGGAAUCUCGGGGAAGAGUCAGGUCCUGUUCGCUGUGGUCUUCACUGCCCGCUACCUAGACCUGUUCACCAAUUACAUCUCCCUGUACAACACGUCCAUGAAGGUGGUCUACAUCGCCUGCUCCUUCACCACUGUCUGGAUGAUCUACAGCAAGUUUAAGGCCACCUAUGAUGGCAACCAUGACACCUUCCGAGUGGAGUUCCUCGUGGUCCCCACAGCCAUCUUGGCUUUUCUAGUCAACCAUGACUUCACGCCACUGGAGAUCCUAUGGACCUUCUCCAUUUACCUGGAGUCUGUGGCCAUCCUGCCGCAGCUGUUCAUGGUGAGCAAGACAGGAGAAGCCGAGACCAUCACCAGCCACUACCUGUUUGCCCUGGGCGUCUACAGGACGCUCUACCUGUUCAAUUGGAUCUGGCGCUACCAGUUUGAAGGCUUCUUUGACCUCAUCGCCAUCGUAGCUGGCCUGGUACAGACCGUGCUCUACUGCGACUUCUUCUACCUCUACAUCACCAAAGUCUUAAAGGGGAAGAAGCUGAGCCUGCCUGCAUAGUGGUGACUCCCCAGGGCAUCUCCGCAGCAGAAGCAGUGAUGGCGAGAGGAGAUGGGCCACAGCAGCACGGGUGGGGAAGGGCAGGGGGCCCCCAGGA